AUGACUCUUAACAAUCUGGAUAAUCCUAAUAGUGAUAAUCUAGAAGAUACUUCUGAUAACAACUAUGAAGCUAUUGCUGAACCCACAUAUCAACUGGCUACCUUUAAUAAAUUUAGUAAUAUUAAAGAUACAUCAAAAAAGGUUAUUGAUAAAAAAGGUAAAUCAAAAGAGGUUGUUGAUAAAAAAAGUAAAUCAAAAGAGGUUGUUGAUAAAAAAGAUAAAUCAAAAGAGGUUGUUGAUGAAAAAAGUAAAUUAAAAGAA